CUGACCCUGGCAUCAAUCUGGUCAGAAGGAUUUAGGACGGAGGGACUACCUGCUGAACUUUGGGACAACUUGCAUUUUACGCUUUUCAAUUGAAAAUCAUUCUUGUGGAAUUAUCGUCACUUCGCUGUUGUAACUCCUUCCGGCAAGAUGCUGAUCCUACUGCUGGGAAUUGUUUUCCUGCAUGUCGCUGCCCUAGUCCUACUAUUUGUGUCAACAACUGUGAGCGCCUGGACGACAGGGGCAGCUAGAAGCUCAGAUCUCUGGCAUAACUGCUCCACAACCAAUGGAGAAUUCCACUGUGAACCUGCCAGUACUGGAGAGUGGAUCCAGGCAGUACAGGCUUUGAUGAUCCUGUCCAUCAUCUUCAGCGUUAUCGCCCUGAUCGUGUUCUUCUGUCAGCUCUUCACCCUGCAGAAAGGAGGUCGCUUCUUCCUGACCGGAACCUUCCAGAUCUUCGCCAGUCUGUUUGUGAUGAGUGGAGCUGUGAUCUAUACGGUGAUGAGUCCAAAGUGGGUGGCUCCGACCGAAACCUUGGGCUGGGCCUACAUCCUGGCCUGGGUUGCCUUCCCUCUGGCCCUGAUCAGUGGACUCAUCUACGUCAUCCUAAGAAAACGGGAAUGAGACCCCCGUCCCCUCACCCCCGACCCACUCCGCCCUCUGCAUUAACAACCCUGGCAUACCUGACUAGGUCCACAUCCUACCACGACGAGGGGUAACAACAAACCACCACCCAAAAUGACACGACGAAACAAUCAAUACUGUCAGAAUUUGAAGAUGUAUAUAAUAUCUAUGGUUUAAAACCUAUUUAUAACACUUUUUACAUAUAUGUACAUAGUAAUGUUGUGUUGCUCUGUUGACAAAGAUACUCGUAUGCAUAUCAUUUCAGCUAAUAAAGUGCCUAAAUAUUUGUUUGUAAUGAUGAAAUAAUUAGAUGCUGUGUCUGUUUUUGUUUUUAUUUGCUCUGUAAACCACAAAAAAUUGAGAAAAAAAAGUGUUUGAACUAUUUUAACCCAUUGCAUGUAUAAAAGUGAACUAAAAAUAAUUUGUCUAAACUGAGCUUGCCUUACAAAUACGAAAACUGGUAACAUCCAAAUAAUGGCUUAGAUUAAGCAUUCAAAUGUGGUUUUGGUUGCUAUUUCAUUUUCAAAAAUGUUAUUUUCAGUAUUUUUUAUUUUCAACAAAGAUGGUGCUAUGUUUUUACCAUUCCUUUUACUGAUAGCAAUUUUGCAAUAAUUUACAGUCAAAGACUUGACUUACGCCAUGAAGUAACUAGAUUGUCAGAGUGAGAAGAAGACUUUAGUGUAAUGUUCUUGUGCCUAACUGCUUCUGUGUGUAUAAAAGCUUUAAAAAAUCAGCUUUUAAUGUGCACCUACAAGGUUCAUUAGCAUUGGAGCGAUAGACCAUUUGUUUAUUUUUGUUGGAAUGCUACUUGGAAUGUCAGUAUUAGAAUGUCCUGCCAAUGUUCCAAGAUGGAAAAAGUUAACUCAAUUAGCAUUGAUUCAGAUCUGUGUUCUUACCUUUUCCCUUCUUUUUGUAAUAUCAUGUGUCAUGUUGAACUUUUGUUGUUUAGGUUUAUAGCUUACAUACAACCAGUAAACACACUAGAAACCAAGCUGCCUCUUGGUCAGAGUACUGUAACAAGUAGUAAGGCAUUGCAGCCAAAUCAAAGUAGACCUAACUUUUAAGAUUUUAUUACAUUAUAGUAGAGACAUGUCAAUGGUAUUGAAGGUCAAGCUCUGAGUCAGCCUACUCAAACCUGAUAGAGACAGAACUUUUGUGGGAGAAAUUUGACAGUGAGGUUUGCAGUUGAGAUACAAAUGUUUGUUUCACAUACUUGAAGUUUGACAAUAUGCAGUCCCUGCCACCUUAAAGUACACAAUUUAUUUAUGUUUAUUUUUGGGGAAGUGUUAUUGAUUAAAGAUCAAGUCAAUUCCAUUUACAUUCCAGUAAAUUAAUGAAUAAAACAAAAAUUCCAAUUCUCUACAAUGCUCUUCUAUUAGGGACAUUUGGAAUUGGGAUUUGGUUUACUGGUUCUGACUGGAAGUGAAAUGUAAUUGACCCCAACCCUGUUGUUCAUAUGUUAUUAACGUAAUAACUGUCAGGUCUUCAAACCAAAGCAGCACCAAUCUAUCAGGAGUUAUAUCUAUCAGCAAGCUCCUACUGUAUGUGGUGUAAUCCUUCUCAUCAGAGGAAAUAACAAACACUAUUAGACCCAUGUCUAAGACAUUGCCUAAUGUUAAACUAUAUGCAACUAUUUUAGCCAUUUAAAAUGUUAAUAGCUAUGUUGUUUUAAUGUUCCAAUGACUGUCUUGAAGAGUUACGGAAAGCUAUACUCAAGAAGAAAUAAAACAUCCAGUAAAUGCAAAAUAAUAACAUAAUGUGGAGUCCCUGCCAAUGUUAACUUUAUCUGGUCAGUCUUAGAAAACUGUGUGCUAUUAAAGAGAGUGCAAAUUCUGAA